CUGAAGCUCCUUUAGCAGACGCCAGUGUUGGCCCUCUACAUCGAGAUUGGGAAUAGCGAAAGAUAUUUUCUAGGCAUUUCUAAGAGUUGGCAAUGGCUCCGGCAGCUCGUGUCCAUCCCUUGAUCUUCCGCAGACUGAUUUUUGGCAACAAUGAGGUCAGGAGAAACCUCAGUUUUCGCAAAGUUAAGCAAGUUUGUCAAACGUUAUUGGGCAGGAAUCCGGUGCAUCCUCCAUAUCACCACAUCUGUCAAGUUGGCGACCCUGUGUUGAGGGCGUGCGCGUCGCCGGUCGAUCCGGAAAUCAUCACGGAAAAAGUAUUUCAAAAGUUGCUGGAUCAUAUGAAAGUCGUAAUGAGACAUUACCACGCUGCAGGCUUGGCAGCGCCUCAAGUCGGAGUUUCUUUGCAAAUUUUUAUCGCUGAGGUGACAAAAAAGCAAUUAGAAGCGUACGAUGCGGAUACCAUAAGAGUACGCGAAAUGAAACCCUUUCCGCUUCAAGUGUUUAUCAACCCAACUUUGAAAGUCCGUGAUUAUUCGGUACUGAAGUUUCCAGAGGGGUGUGAAAGUAUUCGCGGUUUUGACGCGGAGGUUCCGAGGUCCAGAGCUGUUACAGUUUCGGGUCUCGAUGCCACUGGCAAACCUUCUACCUGGGAAGCGACGGGAUGGGCUGCUAGGAUCGCCCAACACGAGAUGGACCAUCUAGGAGGUGCGUUAUACGUAGAUAAAAUGGACCCGUCUACUUUUACCUGUACCGCAUGGCAGAAAAUAAAUGAAAAUUGCGGUAGAAUAGAAUUGCGAUACUACAAUAGGAAAAUGUAGAAGACAGAGUAUUAUUUGCCGUGUUUCUGAAACAUGAGUCACACUUGAAACUUGACUUUGGUACGAUCAAAUUGUAUUAAAGUUGAGCUGAUUAAAGUCUCAGAAGGCAGAAGUAAAAAAAUCAUAGUUUCAUUUAAAUUAUCUACCAAUGUAACUCCAAAGUGAUUGACAAAUAAGGUAUUUUAAUUUACGCAGGUGUUGAACAGUCUGUGAUUACAGUCACCAUUAUAUUUUUUCCGUCAAUUAAACUAUUGCGACGAAACUUAAGUAUAAAUAUAUUACAUUAGUUGGUGGAUUUAAAAAAUAAGAUAUUUUAUUGAUGCAUCUUCCAGGAUACAGUCAUACAGAACACGAUAUUUGAUUACAAUGAGAUGUACAACUUACAGUAGAUAGUCAGGUUUAUAAUACUAUGACAGGUUAUACAAAUUCAAAUCAUACCGUGGCAUUAAUAGUUUUCAAAAGGGUAAGAACGUGUUGUGCUGAAAUUUUAAUCUUGCCAUUCUCUUAGAAGUUAUACUUAUUUUUUGUUUUUGCAGUCUUACAAGACUAAUUUCAAUCUUCACAUCAUAUAUUUCUUCGUUAGAUUUUAUUUUUUUUGUUUUUAUUUUUAACAGUUCUAUGAGGAAUACGAUACCAGAUAAUCAUCAAAUCACGUAACAAAUAUAUAUAUACUUACACGUGUAUGGCUUUUAUUCAACUAUUUAUACCCUUA